GCACGUUGAGAUUCCUCGGCGGGCCUGGCAGCGGCUGCUGGGCAUGCUCAGUGGGCAGGACCCGUUAGAGUGGCGAGUAAGGAAGCGUUGGCUCGUCUCUGGGUCUGCCUUCCCCGGUUCAGGCCCCGGCCCUGGGCUUUUGUGUGCGCGGAGCUGCAGCCGCCGCUGCCUCCUCGCGGGGCCGCCCGACCCCAGAUGCCGGCCGGCCUGUCCGGUUUCCGCCGUUAACCUCGCCGCGCGGCUGGAGGAGGAGCGGGGCGGGGCGGGGCCCGCGGGCCGGCGGCCGGGCGGGCAGGAGGGCCCUGCCGGGGGUGGGGGCGGCACAGGCACCAAGAUGUCCAACCGAGUGGUCUGCCGGGAAGCCAGUCACGCCGGGAGCUGGUACACAGCCUCAGGACCGCAGCUGAACGCACAGCUAGAAGGUUGGCUCUCACAAGUACAGUCUACAAAAAGACCUGCUAGAGCCAUUAUUGCACCCCACGCAGGAUAUACAUACUGUGGGUCUUGUGCUGCUCAUGCUUACAAACAAGUGGAUCCAUCCAUUACCCGGAGAAUUUUCAUCCUUGGGCCUUCUCAUCAUGUGCCCCUCUCUCGAUGUGCACUUUCCAGUGUGGAUAUAUAUAGGACACCUCUGUAUGACCUUCGUAUUGACCAAAAGAUUUACGGAGAACUAUGGAAGACAGGAAUGUUUGAACGCAUGUCUCUGCAGACAGAUGAAGACGAACACAGUAUUGAAAUGCAUUUGCCUUAUACAGCUAAAGCCAUGGAAAGCCAUAAGGAUGAGUUUACCAUUAUUCCUGUACUGGUUGGAGCUCUGAGUGAGUCAAAAGAACAGGAAUUCGGAAAACUCUUCAGUAAAUAUCUAGCGGAUCCUAGUAAUCUCUUUGUGGUUUCUUCUGAUUUCUGCCAUUGGGGUCAAAGGUUCCGUUACAGUUACUAUGAUGAAUCCCAGGGGGAGAUUUAUAGAUCCAUUGAACAUCUAGAUAAAAUGGGUAUGAGUAUUAUAGAACAAUUAGACCCCGUAUCUUUUAGCAAUUACUUGAAGAAAUACCAUAAUACUAUAUGUGGAAGACAUCCCAUUGGGGUGUUAUUAAAUGCUAUCACAGAGCUCCAGAAGAAUGGAAUGAAUAUGAGCUUUUCCUUUUUGAAUUAUGCCCAGUCAAGCCAGUGUAGAAACUGGCAAGACAGUUCAGUGAGUUAUGCAGCGGGAGCACUCACGGUCCACUGAAGCUCUGAAUCCUCAGGGAUGCCACCUGCACAUACUCAUUCUCUGUCCGGGGUCCCAGCCUAGCCCUUACCAAGAUACUGGUCCUGGUUUGGGGGGAUUCUGAAACCUCAAACUAAUAGAACUUUCUUCUCUUCUUUUCUAGUAGGUGUAGUCCUUCCUUAAUUUCAACUCAUUAAAAAAUGCUUUAUAGUUUAGGGCAGUGGAAGGAAGGCUGGCAUCAAAAUAUUUUGAUCAAAAAAGAUGGCAAUGUAAAGGCCCAGUUGUGGGAGACAGUUUUUUUGAGAGUAACUUGUAAAGCAUUUACCAUAUCCUAAAUUUGCACUCUUUGCAGACUUGUGCACAUAUAUUCCGCUUUCAGAAUAGUUUUGCAAAUUGUACACAAACAAACAAAAAAGGGUGGAAGCUUUUUAAUAAAGAAAUUGCAUUUAUAAAUGAUCUGUAUUAGAAUAUAAUAAAUCUCCAGUUAUAGUCAAUUACUACCCGUGUUGUACAACAGAUACCUUCUAUUUUAGUUGCUAAUAAAGGGCUACACAACUCAAAAUAGUCUGAUUUAAACUUAUUGCUCUGUGGUACAUAAGAAAAUUGUUUUUUUAUUAAUUCCAUCUCAGAAUUUUUAUGUUAAAAGUGGUAAACUUCAGCUCAUGUAGAGAUAUGUUAGGAUGUAUUUUAUUUUUUACAUAUUUAUGUGAUUUUUUUUAUCACAGAAUCAUAUUUUAAAGUUAGCUUUUAAAAUUACAUAUAGUUUGCCUUUUUGUGUGUGACAUCACUUUGUGUCAUUACUAUAUUGUAACGAUAUAAAUUCAAGAUUGGUAAAAGAAUGUAGAUGUAGUCCUUUCCUUCAAAGAUUGUGUUUGAUAGGCACUAGUCUGCAAAUGAGGAAAUGUUGAAGAGUAUUCUUAGUGAUUUUUAAAUCAUUGCAGACCAAACACUACUGCUAUGCCUUUGUAGUGCUUUUAAGCAGUUUGACUCUCUAUUUGAAUUUAUAGCAAGAAAUCAUUAACAAUAACAAAAACAAAAAAAGCCACUGGAUUUUCUUACAGUUCUACAAAUUUUUUUGUCAUGAUUUUUGGUGCGGCUCUUCCAACUAAAAUAAUGGUAUGGUGUUGUAUUUCUUUUUUUAGCAUAGACCAUUCCUAGUCACUUCGGGGGGAAAAAUAUAUAAAUAUAUAUAAUUUGAUUAGUUAAUUAUUGGCCACCAUGCAUGUAUUAGAUUAUACCUGUUUCAGUAUAACACUGGGUAUCUACAUCACACUGGAGAGCAUUUGUAUCUUCAGUCUUAUGCCGGAAUAGCACAAUUUUUAGAUGCCUUGCACCAAUUUUAUUUAAAGAUUUGCAUUUCUUAGUUACUAAAUAUCAACUUUCUAUACUCAAGAAUUGAGAAAAAAUAAUGUUUCGGAUUCAAAACUACCCACCUAUAUGUGUAUGGAAAUUAUACUUGUACACGUUAAUGAUUUAUUUCCCAUCACUUAGGUAUACUUUUGAGUACCAUAAAUAUUUAUUCCUUAUUUAUUAUACAGACUAUAAACAUUUUAAACUUGACUACAGAGUGCAUUUUUAUUUUCUGAGUAUAAAAUGGAUACAUGAUUAUUAUAGAAACUUCAGAAAAUACUGAAAAGGAUAAAGAAGAGAAAAAAAUUGUCUGCAACUUCACUAUCCAGAGAUAACACUGUUAAUAUUUUUUGUAUUUCCUCUCAGUCUUUGUCUAUGCUAUUUAUAUGUAUGAGUGUGUAUAUGUGUUUGUGUGUGUGCAUAAUAACAAAAUUGAGAUUAUAUUGACCAUAUAGUUGUAUAUCCUACUUUUUAUAACUUCCUAAGUACUCCCCCAUAUCUUGGAAAGUGUGAUUUUUAAAAAAUGGCUGCCUAAUAUUUUAUUGUAUGAAUAUAUACCAUAAUCGAACCAGUUCUCUCUUUGGAUAUCAGAUUGUUUCUAGUAUUUCACAAUUAUAAAUAAUAGUGGGAUGAACAUCUUUGUAUGUGAAAUUUGAACUGUAUAUUUGACUAGUUCUUAAGGAUAUAUUCAUGGGAGUGGGAUAAUUGGUUUAGAUGGUGAGAACUUUUUAGGCACUUUAAAAUAUGGCCAAAUUACCUUUCAGAAAGUUUGUACCAAAUUAGCAAUACAUGACUACCCAUCAUACUUCCCCUUCUCCACUAUUGAUUAUUAUUUUCUAAAUUUUUGACAAUUUGUUAAGCAAAUAAUUGGUUGUACUUUUGAUCAUUCUAGUAAGAGUGGCUUUACCAUGAAUACAUUUUUUUUUUCCUUCUGUGAUUUUGUAAUUGAUUGAUUAAUAGAAAACAUGAGAGGAUUGCUUAGCUUGAGUGGGUGACACCCCUGUGAAUAUGUUUACUGUGCGUUUGAAACUCUGGAAUAUUUCACCAUCACUCUACCCUUUCCUAGAAUAUGAGCAUAUCUUUCAUACUCAAUUAUGAAGUAGAAAGAGUUCCAAACUGGUAGUUGAGUACUGGAUUCUAGUUCAGUCUGUGCCACUGUUGAGUUCUCUUACCAUAAAUAUUUUGUGUUCUAUUGAGACAUUCUCAUCUGUAAAAUGUGGAUGUGAUCUUUUAAGGACAUUUUAGUAUCAAAGUAUUUUAGUGUUGGGACUAUUCUUUAGAGAUUCUGGUGUCACUUAAAUGUUAAAAAGCUACAUGAUUAAAUUAGAUUAGAAGUUUUAUUUAAUUUCAACUCUGCAUACAUAAAAAUGAAAGUCUUAACACAAAAGAAAUUAAUUUGCAUAAUUCAAUACAGUUACUAUUACCUAAAUAAUAAGCUUUUCUACUUUAAGUGCCUUAAAAGUGUUUUGUAUUUGAAAUCUAAAAUGUAAAGGAAAUUAUUAUGUAGUUCUGUACAGUUUCUUCUUUAUUAUGUACUUGUGAGUUAUUUGCAGCAACUUUUUUUUUAACCGUAGAUUGCACAGAGCAGUAUAUUCAUGGAUUCUUCACUAUUCUGCUAGUGAGGCGUUGGGAAAUGUAUGUUAAAGAUUAGCUCAGUGAGCAGGUAAGUAAAUGCUUUGUCUUGGGUGGGCAACAAAUCUUCAUACAGAGUAGGAUAAAGGACUAUUCAGAUAUCCCAGUGUUUAUAUUUAGAUACUCCAGUGUGGGUGGUAUGUCCAGAGUUAGUCAUUGAUUAUUGUUGCAGGUCACAAAUUUUUCUUUGGCAGUAAAUAGUUAAUUGCCCUAGAUUAGACAUUGGCAAAUGUUUUGUGUAAAGGGCUAGAUACUAAAUUUUGGGGGUUUGCAGGCCAUAUAGUCUCUGUCCCAACUAUUCACCUUUGCCACUUGUAGCACAAAAGCAGCCAUAGGCAAUAUGUAUGUGAAUGGAUGUGGCUCUGUUUCACUCAAACUUUAUUUACACAAAAAUACAGCUGGAUUUGGUCCAUGGGCCAUAGUUUGCUAUCCCCUGUCCUAAAUAUUGUAGUUUACUUGUAUUUCAAAUAUUGGUCAGUAAUUUAAACUGCAACAAAUGAUUUUAAGUUUAUAUUAUCCCAAAUCUCUCUUAAUUUGAUGUAGUCUACAUGGCUGGGUUUGAGUGUUAUGCAGAAUUAUAAAGAUAAGUAAGGAAGUGGGUAAAGGAAACUGGGAGGUCUUAGGAGCUAGUGUUAAAACACUUUGAAGCCCUUUCAUUUGCUGAAGUCCAUUGAGAGUUUUGCUUUGCUACCAAAAAUAAGAGUGAUGAGUGGAGGUUGUGACUGGUUGUUGCAAAUUAUAGAAAUUAUUUUAAGCCCUUGGCUAUGUAGAUGGUAUUAGAAGAUGGAUGAGAUGAACCUUUUACCUGAGUAUUCUAGGCAUAGACCAAUAAUUUAAGAGAUAUGGUAAAAUGUGACUCUAUUUUGUGACUACCAUCUUUCAUCACCAUCCCUUAAUAUUUAACCCCCCACUCCCACCCUGCCCAGUAUUUAGUUGAUGGGAAAAUUACUACACUGUUUUGGUCUCAUUUACUCUGGAUCACUGAAAACUUCAUCAAAGAUUAGUAUUAGUCCAUAGACUGGCAGUUGGGUAGUGCUGGGGUAUGGUUGCUUGAAAGACCUAGUGUGGUUGUAGAACUAUUACUGAUUAGGAGGUGUAAUAAACCACAUGCAGCCUGACAUUCAGUCUAAAAUGUUUAUAUUAUUAUGUUGAAUGGUAAGUGCUACAUAUUAAGGGGGACAUUAUGAACUAUAGUGUUCAUAGGGAAGCAUCUGGAAUGAUGAAAGUCGUGAGUGCUAUAGAGAGUGGAUGUAGUUAAAGAAAUUGAUAAUAUUUAUUUUGGAGAAGAUAAGUUUAAAGAGAGGGAGUUCCCCCCCUCCCCCAAUACUUGAUUACCAUGUGUAGGAAGGGAUAGAGUUGUUCUUUGUUGUUCUUGGUGGAAAAAUUAAGAAAUGGAAGUUUCUGGUUCCACAUUUAAUGUUCUGUGUGAGAAUUUCUAAAUGCGAAUCAGCUGUGUCCUCAUAAAAGCAUUGGAAGUACUCAAAAGCUAGAUCAGUGGUUCUCAGAGUAGCAUCCUUUACUUUCAGCAUCGGCAUCAUCUUGGGUAUAUUAUUGGUGUAGAUCUAAAAUGAUGGAACACCAAGCUGAAAAAAAACUAAUGGAAUUAGUACAAAUAAAAUGGAACUUACUUCAUGUGUAUAAAAUUAUCAAGGGCAGUAAUUUUUAAAUAAAAAUUGAUUUUGAUCAUUUAACACUAACUUUCAACAUAGAUUAUGAAUUGAUUGUUACAUGUUAGUGGAGGAACACUGGACCCUUAGAAUAAUUAAUAUGCUUUUGUUUUAGUGAAAACAUUUAAAUAUAAGCUAGAAGUUUCUAUUUACUAAAAUAAAUUUAAGUUGUUCUUUAAAUCAUUGACUUAACUUUGUUAAACAGGUGCUUCUUCAACAUUGAAACAGCCAUAACCAUAGCAGAAGAAGGUGUUGAGGGAGCUUGCUCUUUUUAUACAUGUGAAUGUCAGAAUAUUAGGAAGGGAGCCAAGAGCAGCUGGCAGAUAAAUUUUCUCUGCCUUCUUUCUCUUUUACCCUUAAGUACGACUGAGUGACAGGUCACACUAUUAUUGACUGUGCUAUAUUUGGUAAAAGUACUUCAAGUGAUGCUGGUAACUGGGACUUCUGUCUUUUUAAAGUCACUGUUGUGGAUGGAAUUUGUUUGCCUAUCAUGAGUUCAUUGAUAAAUGCUGCUUUUGGGGGUACUAUGUGAAAUUUAGAGUUUUAGAUUUAUUGUUUAUUUAAAGGUUCUCUGGGGGAUUUCAGAGUGGUUUGUGCCCAAGAUGUGUCACAUUUAUUGCUUAUGUGUGUAAGUUUAACUCUAAUACAAGGUUUUUGCCAACACCCUAUAAAAGAAUAGAAAAAAACUUUUAAAGCCAAUUCUUCUGAUUUUGAAAGCCAUAAUUUAAUACAAUUGGUUUUUCAUUAUAAAAUGUUUAAAUGCAUAUUUCAUACUGUACAGUGAGGUUUUAACUUUACUAACUGUAGUCCUAUUUUUUUCCUGUCAUCCUAAUAGUGAAACCAAAGAGCAUAUAAAAACCAUUAUUAAGCUAUUGAAGACCAAGUGUAUUUGGCUGUGUGCAAGACCUGACUUCUGGUCUUUAAAUUGGCCAGUGCAACUUUUCGAAAAUAUUUUAAUUUUUCUGACCACUAUAUUCUCUAAAUUACUUACUGAACGUGGUGUUAUAUACAUUUAAGUAAGAAAUACUAGAACAUGUUGAAAACUCAAAAAAACCCCAACACAAACACUAGAAUGAUAUAUAAAUGACAUAUGAAUGACAGAGUUUUGUGAGUUUUUAAAUUAAAUACUUAGACUGUUGAAGUAGAUAGAUUUAACAAAAGUAUUUUUAGCUUAACAGUUUCAUAAAUGGAAUUUUUUCUAAGUUUUCUUUUCUAUUAAAAUUUAUCCACUUGAAUCUAAUACAAUAGACAAAAUUUGUUCGAUUUUGAUGAAUUUUAAAGCAAGGAGAACAAAAGAGUGUUCAUAUGAAGUGUUUUCUGAAGGACAGGAAAGUAUAAUCCUUUUAAUUGGAAGCAUUUUUUAAUUGGAUUUUUCCAUUUUCAGUUUUUAAUUGUGGAAACCAGCUUCCUUACUGAUUUUAAAAGAUGGUAGAAUUUAAUAUUCCCAGGCUCUUUGUAGUGCCAAAUGAAAUGAAUGAUAGCGUAAGUGAUCUGGUAAAUUUGAAACCACUGGCCCAAGGUCCUUAGUUCAUAUUUUACAGUAUCUUUUGGUGUUUACUGGUAUGUAGAAGUGUUACAAAGUUUUAAAAACAGUAAUUAAAAUGUGCUUGAGCUGCUUGCCCAAUGACAUGUUGAGCCAACUCUGAACUAGUAAGAUACUAUAGCUUCUUUUUCAUUGGAAUUCAUUUUCAGCUUUGCUGAUGAGUUGCUACGGAUUUGCUGAAACAAGUCAGUGCUCUUUGCUAGAGCAGAGUUUCUUUCUUUAUUAAUGUGAGUUAGAAUUGAAUGAUAUGACCCCUUUCCACCUUUGGCUUUUUAUGACAAUAAUAAUACCUUAUUAUUAAAUAUAUUGUACUUUUAAUUUUUAAAACGUUUCACAACUUUUUCUUUCCUCUUAGUCUCUACAAUAAGUAGGCCAGACAUUGUUACUUUAUUAUUGGUAGAGAACCUGAUGCAGGCCCAUACAAAUAAUAUGACUUACAUGAGUUUGCAUGGCUAGUUAGUAUCAGAGCAAGGACAAGAACUCAGUUCCUCUAAUUUUCAGUCCUAUGUGUUAGAAAUGCUGUACCUUACUAUUACUACUCUAUGUUUUGUUUUUGGUGCUGGCUGUUUGAGAUAUGUUAAAUUCAAAUAGUAAUGGGAUUUUGCAACUUUAAUAAAAAUGGGAAUCAUUCAUGUACAUGUCUACUUUGAUUAAUUUAGGCAAAAAUAGACUUUUUUUGGUAGAUUAAAGUACUCCAUACUUUUACUAACUCUGAAGACUUCUAUUUUCUUUUCUCGGAAGUUUACUUUAAGACCUAAAAAUUCUAUUCUGUUGCUUGCCAUCGUUAAAAUGCACCGCUGGUUUGUAAUGGGACACUGACAAAAGUGAAAUUUAGGUUAUUGGUAUGUGAAUUACUGAUGGUGAGACUUUGCAGCAAACGCUUGGCUCUCACCCUUCCAGUCCAUGCAUAGAGUGUCCUGCAAGCACCCGUGACUCUGCCUUGGAUUGUCUCAUCUGUACACAGGGCAGAUUGGAAAUGCUAGGAAGAUAAUGCCUUGGGAGCAGCCCUCAGCCAGUGAUGGACGGGAGUUGGAGGAUAAUUAUUCUAGCUAACUUGCCCUUCUGGUGAUACUCUGAGGUAUAUUUCACAUUGCCUCUUAAGAGUUUCCAGUGGGACUGGACUUCAUUGCCCACAGCAGGAAACUGUUAAAUGUGUAUUCUUUAUUUUCUUCCUCCUCUUCACUGUCUCACUUCCAUGCCUUUAUCCAGUGUUCCCUGGGAUUACCUCCCAAAUGAGCUUCUUGUUUUUUGAAUUCUUGUCUCAGAGUCAGUGUCUGGGACCAUCUAAAACACUUUUUCUUGAAAACACUUUUCACCUGGGAAGUAAGUCAUUACUAGUAUUCUUGUUAGAUAUGAAAGAUUUCUUUAAAAAAGACAAUUAUUUUGAACCAGAUCUAAAACAAGUAUUUUAGUGUUCUAUUUUAGCUUGUCUCAAAAUUAUAUCCAUGUUUAGUUUAAUUUCCUUAGCUUCAUUUCAUAGCGAAGGAAAAACUCAAAGUAAAAA